UAAAUAUGUGAGGGUCCGUUCGAAACCCUUUGAAGUCUUGAGAACGUCUGAAAGUUGUAACCUACGUUGUAUAUGCUGGUAUUUGGGAAAAGUAAAUAUAAAAUCAAAUUCACAUGAACUAUUUCGCGUACCACUAAAUUUCUGACUGACCUGGUUGGUCGGUGGAGUUCUGUACUUUACAAGAGAAGGGCUAAGUAGCUAGCAGCACACAGCGUUCUAGCUAGCUAGCUAGCUAUGUUCCUCGUGCGGCAAAAGUAGAGCAAAUUCUUCAGCUUAUGAUUUGACGGAUACAAUGGACAUCGUCUGAACGGUGUGUUUUUUGAAUAACUAGGUUUUUUUUCUUCUGAGAAAUGCAUUUGAAAGUAAUCGGUGGUCAUACCGUUGUUAGUAAAUAACGCCAUGGACUGGACCACGACACAGCUUGUAGGCAAAUCUCUGCCUAACGGACAAGAUGUAAAGUGCAGAGACCGUGAGAGUGCCAUAACAAAAACGGAUCAAGGAAAUGCAGCCAAGGAUCGGACAAUUCAAAUUAGCAUUUGCGGAUCCACACCGCUGCUCUGGAGGUCGGUCGAUAUUAAACAGUCUAGGGACGAGGUCGGGGUGAUCGGGACCCUGAUAGGUUCACUUGCCAGACAGCCAAGGCAAAACAAUAGAUUAGGAAGACCCCUGGAAAUACUUAAGGAAGAAGCUCGUCUCUUGUUGGAGACGGGAGAGGCUACCGAUGUACGGCAUCCGGACAAGAGCAAGAAGGUGUCUGAAAGUGGAGAGAGUCAUCUGAAUGCUGUUCAACUUUACCAGGCUAGACUAGACCGCAGCUAUGAAGAACAAUGCAGUCUGGCUCUGGAAGAGAAGAAAGCAGUGCUGCAUAGAGUGAUGGAUGAGAAACAGAAUAACCAUACAGGUAACGAGGGUCCAGAAAGAGCCGUGAGAGAGCGCCUUUGCUCCCUGGAAAAAAGCUUCUCGUUCCCCCGUUCCGCCAUGGCUGUUCAACUUUGUACCGCACGUGCUGGCUUCAGUCACUGCCCCGAAGAACUUGCUUUCUUAGCUGCUGAUUGGCCAGAGCCUAGAGACAAGCACUCAGAGGCGAGAUUCCGGGUGUAUAAGGACCUGAGGAGGAAGGGCUUCUACCUAACCGCAGCAGGGAAGUUUGGGGGAGAUUACCUGGUGUAUCCAGGUGAUCCACUUCGUUUUCAUGCCCACUUCAUUGCGUUGUGCAUGCCUAUGGAUGAGUCAUCUCCCCUCAGUGAUAUUCUUACUAUAGCACGGCUUGGUUCCAAUGUGAAGAAAACUGUGCUGCUGUGCUCCCCACGGGAUCCCAGUGACAGCCAAGUAGAGGGGGAUGUUGUGUAUUCAUCUCUACAGUGGAGUGGAAUGGUAUAGCGUUUACCACUAGCACAGGUCAUGGUAAUAAUGGUGCUAAAAGCCCAAGUGUGUGAGCCAAACAGAACCAAGUAGCUUGUCUGUCAGGACUGAGCCAGCAGGUGGACUGUCCCUGUGGGAAGGUCAUGUGUAUAUUAUGUAAUAAAGUUUAAAAAUAUC